AUGGCAGUGUUCCGGCUCCCAGCCGGUUUCAUCCUCCUGUCGGCUUCUGUGCCCGGAUACGAAGCCGUGGUUGGACGGCCGCUUGAGGUGGAGGUAAAGGCCUUCAGCGAGGAAGGUCGGGCGGUGAGCUUCAUGGCCAAAGGCUGGCAGGCAAGGCAAAUCCAGCAUGCAGUUGACAUGCUCAAUGGUGUUCUCUACGUGGACCGUAUGGAGACAAAGUCUUUCCGUCGAGACAAAGUUGAGGAGGAUCUACCUGAAGGAGUGCCAUAUGGAGUUCGAGCAGCGAAGGUACCGCGCUCAAGGCCGAAGUCGUCGACCG